GCGGCUCUGGGAAGAGAGGGAGAGAGCGUGAGUGAAGGAGCGCCGUCUACGCGUCUCUGAGAGCAGGAGGAGAAGCCUCUGACCGAGGAAGACACUGCCGCCGCCCCUCCCCUUCCCCGCCUCAGGGUCCCCCCCCUUCCCCUCCCCGUCAGGCCGCGCGGAGAGAGCGCCCGAAGCCCCAGGAGGAGGCGGCCGAGGCCCCCCGAGCCCCGAGCGCGCGGACCGAGCGAAGCCGCCCGCCCCGUGUGGUGUGUGAGGUGAAAGGCAGCCGCCCGCCCGCCCCCCCUCUCCCUUCUCUCCUCCCCGGAGCCGGUGAGCGCGGAGAGAGCACCACCAUGUCGGCGCCGGCGGCCAAAGUCAGUAAAAAGGAUCUCAACUCCAACCACGACGGAGCCGAUGAGACCUCAGAAAAAGAGCAACAGGAAGCAAUUGAACAUAUUGAUGAAGUACAGAAUGAAAUAGACAGACUGAAUGAGCAAGCCAGUGAGGAAAUUUUGAAAGUAGAACAGAAAUAUAACAAACUCCGCCAACCCUUCUUCCAGAAGAGGUCAGAAUUGAUCGCCAAAAUACCAAACUUCUGGGUAACAACAUUUGUUAACCACCCGCAAGUAUCUGCACUGCUUGGGGAGGAAGAUGAAGAGGCACUGCAUUAUUUGACCAGAGUGGAAGUGACAGAGUUUGAAGAUAUUAAAUCAGGUUACAGAAUAGAUUUUUAUUUUGAUGAAAAUCCUUACUUCGAAAAUAAAGUUCUCUCCAAAGAGUUUCAUCUUAAUGAAAGUGGAGAUCCAUCUUCAAAGUCGACUGAAAUAAAAUGGAAAUCUGGGAAGGAUUUGACGAAACGUUCAAGUCAGACACAGAAUAAAGCCAGCCGGAAGAGACAGCAUGAAGAACCAGAAAGCUUUUUCACUUGGUUCACUGACCAUUCUGAUGCAGGUGCAGAUGAAUUAGGAGAGGUCAUCAAAGAUGAUAUCUGGCCAAAUCCCUUACAGUACUACUUGGUUCCCGAUAUGGAUGAUGAAGAAGGAGAAGGAGAAGAAGAUGAUGAUGAUGAUGAAGAAGAAGAAGGCUUGGAGGACAUUGAUGAAGAAGGUGAUGAAGGUGAAGAAGAUGAAGAUGAAGAUGAUGAUGAGGGAGAAGAAGGAGAGGAGGAUGAAGGAGAAGAUGACUAAUAGAACACUGAUGGAUUCCAAACCUUCUUUUACCUUUUUAAUUUUCUUCAGUCCCUGGGAGCAAGUUGCAGCCUUUUUAUUUUUAUUUUUUUUUUCUCUUGUGCGCAUUCGCCUUGUUCUCUUGAGGUCUCUUUCUCUCCUCUUUACACCAUGGUUCACAACUUUUUUUGGGGGGAGGGGGGAAAUACCUUGAGCAGAAUACAGUGGGAAAAGAAUCUCUACCAGUUUCUGUUCCAAGUUCAUAUUUUUAUCCCUUCCUAUCUCAAAACAAACUGUUUAUGGAAUCAACACACACUGUGUUCUGUGGGAAAAAAGAAACCUUCUGCUCCCUUCACACCGCUGGAAGCUGAAGGGUGCUAGGCCCCUGUGUAGUAGUGCAUAGAAUUCUAGCUUUUUUCCUUCUUUCUCUGUAUAUUGGGCUCAGAGAUUACACUGUGUCUCUAUGUGAAUAUGGACAGUUAGCAUUUACCAACAUGUAUCUGUCUACUUUCUCUUGUUUAAAAAAAUGAAAAAAAAAAAACAAAAAAAAAAAACCAUGGGGUUAUAGCAGGUCAGCAAGGGUGGGUUUGAGAUGUUUGGGUGGGUUAAGUGGGCAUUUUGACAACAUGGCUUCUUCUCCUUUGGCAUGUUUAAUUGUGAUGUUUAACAGACAUCCUUGCAGUUUAAGAUGACAGUUUUAAAAUAAAAUUCUCUCCUAAUGAUGACUUUGAGCCCUGCCACUCAAUGGAGAAUCAGCAGAACCUGUAGGAUCUUAUUUGGAAUUGACAUUCUCUAUUGUAAUUUUGUUCUUGUUUAUUUUUAAAUUUUCUUUUUUGUUUCACUGGAAAGGAAGAUGCUCAGUUUUAAACGUUAAAAUGUACAAGUUGCUUUGUUACAAUAAAACUAAAUGUGUACACAAA